UCAAGAUACAUCAGGCUCUCUAAAGAAGCGGAUAAUAUGGACGAGAAUGUUCUCAUGGAAAGCCAGAUUGACAAGCUUACUGAACUAAAAGAAUAUGACUACUUCUGGGAAUCUUUCAGAACUUUAUGUUGCAAGAGAGUCAACUUCGCGAGGAAAUGAAACUUGUGAUAUUAUCUUGAUCAAAGCAUGACAGGAGAGUUGAGGUGCUUGUGCUACAUUGUUUUCUUCCCUCUCAUUUUGAUAGUGCUUAUCCUCAAGCUAUUGCUUAAAGCUCUUGAAGUUCUGACAAAGGUUCCGAAUGGCAAGAGAAAAAGAUUGAUCUGACUAUAUUUAGUCUCAACUACUAUCUUUUUUGUCUGCACUUCUAUAGCUGUAGUUGUAUUCUUCAUCAUACAAGAUGAAAAAGAAAAUAUAGAAAGAUACCUUACUACAAAUGCCUUUACUAACUUUCAAAGUAUUUCAAAUGCUACUGCUCAAGUAAAGAAGGCUGACCUGCAAGAAAUAACUAGGGAAUUAUUGAUACUGGAUGCCCUCUAUUCAAUAAUAUUGCUGAAUCCUGAAUAUUACUCAACAACUUAUUUAUCCAAAGAUGAUGAUAAGCUUUUGAGCAGUACAGAAUGAAGUGAAAACGAAACUGAAGAUUUUAUCGACCAUCAUAAAAUGUGUUAUUAAUAUGUAAUUAUUUAGAUGUUAUAUCUUAAAGUAGUUGUCA